AUGACUAGAGAUUAUAGAAUAUUAGUUACAUAAUAAUAACACUCUGUCUCUGAAAUAUAUUGUCUUGUGAGUUUUGUAGCGUGGUCACUGUCUGUCUCUGUUCCUGAGAAAAGAAGAAAAGUAGAAAAGAAGAGAAGAAACAGGGGAAGGCAGAUAAUUAACGGCCAACUGAUAUUAUUAGCCUUAGAUCAAAUCCAAAAUGGGAAUUGUGGGUUUAGAAGAGAGGGACAACAUUGAGUUACAGGAAUUCUGUCGUAUGCUGGUGGCCUCCGCCGCAGGCCUCCACCGCACAAAACAUCAACCCAACGACCUGCGUUUUCCAUCCAAAACCGACGACUUGACCGACGACGACGAAGAAGAAGACAGAUUGGUUUGCGUAACUAGCGGCGUUUCCUUCUUAGGCCUCGCCCUCGUCAACCGCCUCCUCCUCCGUGGCUACUCUGUCCGCAUCCUCGUUGAUAACCCAGAAGAUGUAGAAAAGUUGGGGGAGAUGAGUACAAGGACCAAUAAUAAUAAGAUAUCAGCAGUUAUGGCAAAUCUAGCGGAUGUUGAAAGCUUGUCUCAAGCAUUCCAUGGCUGUCGUGGCGUCUUCCACACCUCUGCAUUCACUGACCCUGCUGGCCUCUCUGGUUACACUAAAUCCAUGGCUGAGAUAGAAGUGAAGGCCAGUGAGAAUGUGAUGAAGGCAUGUUCAUUGACAGCUUCUGUGAGAAAAUGUGUGCUGACUUCUUCACUUUUAGCCUGCGUAUGGCAUGACAGCGGCAACCAGCAUAACCCAUCCCCUGUCAUUAACCAUGACUGCUGGAGCAGUGAGUCACUUUGCAUAGACAAAAAACUCUGGUAUGCCUUGGGCAAGCUGAGGGCAGAGAAGGCUGCGUGGAGAAUAGCUGAGGAGAAGGGGGUGAAGUUGGCAACCAUCUGCCCAGCUCUCAUCACUGGUCCUGAAUUCUCUACCAGAAACCCAACAGCAACAAUUGCAUAUCUCAAAGGAUCCCAAGACAUGUACCAAAGUGGGGUGCUAGCCACAGUAGAUAUGAUGAGAUUGGCAGACGCUCAUGUGUGCGUGUUUGAGGCAAUGAACAAGGCAGCAUUUGGAAGGUACAUUUGCUUUGAUCAAGUCAUUGAAACAGAGGAAGUGGCAGAGAAGUUGGCUAAGGAGACAAGCAUUUCGAAGAACAAGAUUAUGGGCAACGGGUCCAUCAAUGUCCAAGUUCGAUAUGAAUUGUCCAAUAGGAAGCUUACAAACCUUUUGUCAGGAUCACUGAGAUAUUGUUAUAACCAAAGCCAGCAUUACAUUUAGGUUCCAUCCUGAUAUUAUUACUUCUCGUUGAGGUUAAGGUUGAGCAAUGCGAAAUAUAAAGUUUUGGAAAACUUUAGAAAUGAAUGUAAGUAUCUGUAUUUGUUUCGUAUUUUCGUCUUAAACCACAGAGAUUAUCUCAGCAUCCUA